AUGGCUGCAUAUCGCCAUCAUCCACAGCAACAGCAUCUAACCGGUUUCGUGCAGAACGUGACCCUGGAGCCUGCAUCAUGGAUUGCUUCUGCUCCAGAACUCUGCUCAUCAGCCGAUCCCGAAUUACGUGCAGCUGACACACGCAGCAGCUCGAUUUCGACACCUGCCUCGCGAAUCUCAGCGUUUGAAAGUCGGUUUGGCUUGCAAGCUGCAAACGGAGCGUCGCUAUCCGCUGUCCCAAACGUAUCAUCACUUGGCUUGCCAGUACGAAAUUUCACUUUAGGGCGACUAACAGCCGCAGAUGAUGCUCGAUUUCUGUAUUUUGGUGAAAGCUUGCCGACCGCUGCCACAGUACCAUCACUCGCUGCUCUCUACACUCAUUUUAAUAUGACGAAUGAUCCCCGAUCGGAUAUGAGCACUGGUCGCGAUAGCUGCACCGUGGAUUCCGAUUUAUCCAUACAUCUUCGUUCUCAGCAAACUCGGCGAAAGCCACGGAUUCUCUUCACCCAGUCACAG